AUGAAGGAGAUAGGAGUGUAUUUUGCAUUAAGACGUUACAAGCGUGCUGAAGCAGCUGAGGAACUCUACAUCGCGCGAACACCGAAAGGUUCCUGCUGA